UGCAAACAGAAGAGGUAUCCAUUUUACCAUCACUCUCUUCUUCGCGUCUCGUGCGGUGCCCGACCAACUGUCUAUAUACGAUGGCUAACGCGCCCCCAGAAAUACAGAAAACAACUUCCAAUGGUAGCAGCAGUAAUCUAAAGCGCGCCUUUGACGAUGGGGAGAGCGGCAGCCAUCAUCAUCAGCACAAACGCCGCGAACGGGAUGUGAAGGGGUCCCGGGACUGGCGCGAUGUACAUCUCGGCAACGGUGGGGGUUCAGGCGGCAACGGUAGUGGCAGUGGCCGGAGCAGCCGCGUGGGUGAGAGGGAUAGAGAUAGAGAGCGGCACAGACGAGAGCGUGACAGGAGAUACCGCGAUCGCGACUACGACCGGCCGCGUGAGCGCUCGCGCAGCCCGCGUCCGCAGGCAUCUCCAACUGUGUGCUCCGAGAAGGAAGAGGGCGAAAUCUCACCCCGCCCGCGCUCGGUCUCGAUAGCGACUCCUCCGCCUGUGACGCCAGCACCCGAGCAGCCUACGAUGCAAGUUGAGCCGGAGCUCGAGCUCGAGCUCGCCCCAUCCCCACCGCCUGUGGAGCAGACAUUGGCUGAACGGCGUGCCCGACGUGCAGCAAUCCUUGCCCGUCAUACGAGCACUGCUGCCCCGCCGUCGGUUGCACCUAGUCAAGCUGUGUCCCGACAAAUUUCGCGCUCCCCUUCCCCAGAGCAAAACGAGACGCAGUUUACGCUUGCCAAAGCUGACGAAACGGCCGAACUCGCUGUUGCCCCUGAAGAUCAAGUCAAUGCGGCCGACUAUGAUCCGUCUCUAGACCGUCGCGAAGACGAGUUCCGACGCGUGAACGCUCCUGCAGUCGAAGUCAUCGAGGAGGAAAUGGAAUAUGAGGAAGACGAGGACGAGGACGAAGAUCUGGAUGACAUGUUCUCGCUGGACACCGACAAGCCCAAGAAAAAGAAAAAAGUCGGCAAGAAGAAGGUCAAAGUGGAGCAGCCUGCAAAUGGGCAGCAGCAGCAGGUCCUACACUCUGAUGCCGCUGCAGAUCCGGAAGGGUACUACACUGUCAUCUUAGGCGAAGUGCUCGUGGCUCCUGGUGAGAAGGGCGAACGCUACCAGGUGUAUGCAAGCGUCGGCCGGGGGAUGUUUGCUGUCGUCGUCCGAGCGAGGGUUUUGUCGGAGGGCGACGACGGGAAGGAAUCAAAGGAAGGCGGGCGGGAGGUUGCCAUCAAGAUCGUGCGCGCACAGGAAGUGAUGCAUCGUGCGGGGCUCAAGGAGAGCGCGAUCCUGACGAAGCUGCAGGCUGCGGAUCCGGAGGACAAGCGGCAUAUUGUAAGACUGGAGCGUACAUUUGAGCAUCGAGGGCAUCUCUGUCUCGUAUUUGAGAGCAUGAGCAUGAACCUACGCGAUGUUGUGAAACGAUUUGGCAAAGACGUAGGCCUGAAUAUCCGGGCAGUACGAGCUUACGCGCAUCAGCUGUUCAUUGCGCUCGGCCAUCUCCGCAAGCUCGGUGUGAUGCACGCCGAUAUCAAGCCGGAUAACAUCCUGGUGCGUGGCUCUCUUUUGGCAGGUACCCCAUCCUGACUGAUCGUUGCGCAGGUCAACGACGCCAAGACGAUGCUCAAGCUCUGCGACCUGGGUUCCGCAUCGGAUGCCGCUGAAAACGAUAUCACUCCUUACCUGGUGAGCCGAUUCUAUCGCGCUCCUGAAAUCAUCCUUGGUGUCCCCUAUGACCCUUCGCUGGAUGUGUGGUCUGUCGGAUGCACGUUAUAUGAACUGUAUACGGGGAAGAUCCUGUUUCCGGGGAGAAGCAACAACCAGAUGCUGCUGCAUAUGAUGGAGCUCAAGGGUCGCUUUAACGGCAAGAUGAUCAAAAAGGCCAAGUUCGGGGAUGUCUAUUUUGAUGAGAUGGGUGCUUUCGAGAGUGUGGAGAAGGAAAAGGGCAGCGGCAAUGUACGUGGCGGGGAAUGGCCUGCGGAAUGCUGGAUCGCUGACUUGCGGUAUCCAGGAUGUGGUGCGGAAAGUGCACAUCUCGAAACCGGCGAAAGACUUGCGACAGAAAUUGCUUGGGAACGCGCGGUUGAGCGAGGAGGACACGAAUGUGCUGUUGCAUUUCAUUGAUCUGCUGGACCGGUGUCUGGCGCUCGACCCGGCCCGCCGCAUCACGCCGCGGGAGGCACUUUCGCAUCCGUUCAUCCGCGGAUCAACCAAGUGAAGUUCAGGGUGGGUUGUGACAAGCGUGGAGUCGUGUAGAAUGGAACGGGCGUUUGUUCUUUCUUGUGUGUUGUAGGUAGUCAGUCAGUCGAUCCUCGGAUGCAGUUAUAUUAUACACACGAGCAGAAGGAUCCAAGUAUCUGAUUCUACCAUCGGUUAGUGUUGCGCAUCGAGGUUCUCAGUGCUGGCAGUUCUGACUGAUUGUAUGUUUUC